UAGAGUUAAUGCGAGAGGGUCAGAGAAUGGGCGAUCAUGUCAGCCAUUUUAUGCUAACUGGCCAGAUUUCAAGACUUUGAAUCCUAAUAUUUGGUAUACUUUAUAUGCAGAUGAUUAUAGUACCAUGACUAUCAUUUGUUAUGGCAAAGAAGAGAUGCUCCUAACUUUACGUGGUGAUGAUCCUCACCUCUCUCCUCAUUAG